GGAGAGGGAGAAGACAGCCCGUGAGGACUCAGUGAUUGUGCGACAUUCAACGGAUACACAUCCACGCUCGGACUUUCUGCCGCUAUCCUUGAUAACUGUGGUGCGCCCUAUCUCUCAACUCCUCCAGCGAACUAUGAGCCUGCCAAAGAUCUACAGCUUCCGCAGAUAGGAUCCCCGGGCUGCUCUGCACUAACUCCACGGAACGCAAAAUGAGGACUUACCUCGCGCUCCUGCUGUGGGCCGCCGCGGCCCUGGGAGUGGACGCCAUGGUCUUUUUCCGCGGCUCCAGGGGGGUAGCGGGGAAGGAAACGGACCGGCACAAAUCAAAACACGGAGUGCCUCUCAGGCGAGCGAAACGAGGCUGGAUGUGGAAUCAGUUCUUCCUGCAGGAGGAGUAUAUGGGAUCAGACAAUCUCUACAUAGGCAAGCUGCACUCCGACAUGGAUAAGGAGGACGAGACCGUGAGGUAUGUGCUCAACGGCGAAGGCGCAGGAACCAUCUUCAUCAUCAACGAGAACACGGGGGACCUGCACGUCACGCGGAGCCUGGACCGCGAGUCCAAGGCCAGCUACAUGCUGAAGGCCCAGGCCGUCAACAGGAAAACCGGCUACCCGCUGGAGCCAGAGACGGAAUUCAUCGUGAAGGUCCACGACAUCAACGACAACGAGCCCAAGUUCCCUAAGGAGGUCUACACUGCCACCGUCCCAGAAAGGUCGAACGCAGGCACAUCGGUGACCCAGGUAAUAGCAGAGGACGCGGACGACAGCAUGUUCGGCAUGGCGGCCAGGCUGGUCUACAGCAUCAGCCAGGGUCAUCCCUACUUCUCCGUGGAGCCAGCUACAGGCAUCAUCAGGACAGCCCUGGGGCCCUCGGACAUGGACAGGGAACAGCGGGAGCACUACCAGGUGGUGAUUGAGGCCAAGGACAUGGGCGGCUCCAGGGGGGGCCUCACAGGAAGCACCAUCGUCAACAUCACGCUCACGGACGUCAACGACAACCCUCCCCGAUUCCGCACAAGUGAUUAUACGUUCAGCACCCCGGAGACCACUGAGAUAGGCAGUCCCAUCGGGAGGGUGAAGGCGUUUGACCAGGACAUUGGCGUCAACGCCGAGAUGGACUUCAGCAUCAUCGGCGGAGACGGACAGGACGUGUUUGAUAUCACCACUGACCGGAUCACACAAGAAGGGGUGAUCAGUGUUAAAAAGCCGCUGGAUUACGAGAGGAAGAAGUCCUACGAGCUGAAGAUCCAAGUGCAGAACCCGCGGCCGCUGGUGGACCUGCAGAUGCAGGCGGUCAGCAAGGCCACGGUGCGCAUCAGCGUGGAGGACGUGGACGAGCCGCCGGUCUUCGAGCGCUUCACCUACAUCAUGGAGAUGAAGGAGAACACCGCCGCCGGCUCCACCGUGGGCUCCGUCAGUGCCAUGGACCCCGACAUCCGGCACGACCCUGUCAGAUAUUCCAUUGAUCGACACACGGAUCCAGAUCGUAUUUUUAAUGUGCACGGCGGGAACGGCUCCAUCUACCUGCUGAAGCCCCUGGAUCGGGAGACGGCAGCCUGGCACAACAUCUCUGUCGUGGCCACCGAGUUCAACAAUCGGGAACAGAAGAGCAGUGUUCCAGUGUUUGUCCGUGUCUUGGAUGUCAACGACAACGCACCCACCCUUGCAGCAUUCUACGAGACGUUCGUCUGUGAAAAUGCAAAGUCUGGCCAGAAAAUUCAGACCAUCACAGCGGUGGACGAAGACGAUCCUGCCGGCGGCCAUCGCUUCUUCUUCAAGCUGGCCCCGGAGAGUUUAGAGUUUAGACCCAAUUUCACUCUGAAAGACAACCAAGACAGCACGGCGUCCAUAUUCACCCGCCGCACGGGCUACCGCCGGCUACAGCAGAGCGUGUUCCACCUCGCCGUGAUCAUCUCCGACGGCGACUACCCCAUGCAGAGCAGCACGGGCACGCUCACGGUGCGGGUGUGCACGUGCGACCGCGACGGCAACAUGGAGAUGUGCAACGCCGAGGCCCGGUCGGGCGUGGCCGGCCUCAGCACUGGCGCCCUGGUGGCCAUCCUGCUCUGCGUCAUCAUCCUGCUCCUGAUCGUGGUGCUCUUCGCCGCCCUGAAGCGCCAGAAGAAGAAGGAGCCGCUGAUCAUCUCCAAGGAGGACGUGCGCGACAACGUGGUCAGCUACAACGACGAGGGCGGCGGCGAGGAGGACACGCAGGCCUUCGACAUCGGCGCCCUGCGCCACCCGGAGGCCGUGGAGGAGGCGGCCAAGCAGCGGCGGGACAUCAUGCCCUCCGAGGCGCUCUUCGCGCCCCCGCCGCUCCUGAGGCGGAGCGUGGCAUCGGCGGCGGCGGGCGUUGGCGUCGGCGCGGCGCCCCACACGCGGGACAACGCCGACGUGCGGGACUUCAUCAACCAGCGGGUGCUGGAGAACGACCUGAACCCCACGGCGCCCCCGUACGACUCGCUGGCCACCUACGCCUACGAGGGCAGCGGCUCGGUGGCCGAGUCGCUCAGCUCGCUGGGCUCGGCGUCCUCGGACGACCCCGCCGAGCAGGACUACAACUACCUCAGCGAGUGGGGGCCGCGCUUCCGCAAGCUCGCCGACAUGUACGGGGGCGAGGACAGCGACAGGGACUCCUGAGAAUCCUCCCCCUCC